AUUUAAACUAUAGUUAUAGUUAAUUAUAAGAUAAUUAAAAUAGUCGAACAAAAAUAUUUGAAAGAAGUAACUAAAACCAUGACUAAGUGAACAACCAAAGUUUUUAAAAAUAAAAAGUAUUACUUAAAAGAUGUACAGCUGAAAACCGGUAUUAAAUAUAAAGAUAAAAUCAAAAUUAUGAAAAAAAGCUGAAUAAAUAUACAAAAUAAAAUCACGAACAGAAAUUAAACAGUAACGUUUACAGUGCAAAAACAAGGUGCUUGCUAAAAACCAAGUUCUUAUUUAUAAAUGCUUGAAUUACCUCGCCGAAAUGUGUUUUUCUUUGAUUGAUUUGCGAAUGUAUUUUUAUCCUCGACAAUUACAAUUUACCUAAUUUAAUUGGCCUCGGGCAUUGCCGUGGACUUAAAAACAGAAAUGGAUUCUCCGGGUGUGGGAUUAUCAUCCACCAGGAGCAACUUAAAGAAGCUGAAAAACUAAACCUAAACGCCGCCAUUGCCUUAAAUCUCGAAAGAGAAACCCACAACAGAAUAACAGAAGGGAAGGAUUUAAAACGAGCUUACUAGUCAACGAAUUUAGCAUCGCAGGUGCAGCCAACCGCCAUUGCUCAACUUGAAUUAAUUUCCGGAAGAGAGGAGCCACCACCACGAAACCAAUGACCACACGCCUUGCACCGCAGCGCCAGUUCAUCAUCUCGACGCGCUCCGCCAUCGUGGAUGCCGCCUCGCCGCCGCAGGAUUCAGUCGAGGAGCAUCAGCAGCAGCAGCUGACCGUCGAGGUGGAGAGCGCCGCCGCCACCGGAACAAUCGCCGCCAGCACCGCCAACAGCACCACCUCGCCACCGCAUCCCGAGGAGUUUGAGUUCUGCACGGAGGAUGGAGUCGUGGUUUCCGCAACCCUGGAGGAUGUCAUGACACAGGUAAAACUUCUCCCCCUCUUGCAGAACUGCCAACUCUUGCAGAAGAAACUAGACGACGAGGACUCCACGGGAGCGGGAGCCACUGCAGCCGAUCAGCUGGAGGUGAUCCGCGUGGUGCUGCCCAUGGAUGCCGACGACUCCAGCAGCGAAGCCCAUCUCCAUGGGCACGUGGUGAACAGCAGCAGCGACGCCAUCGGCACCAUAACCACCACGGAGCCCAACGGCACCACCGUGACCCACUCGAUUCCCAUCCACAGCAUGGCCGACCUGGAGGCCAUCAAGGAUGGCGUGGAUCUGGCCCAGCAGGUGGCCAAUGGCCAGGUGACCGUGGUGCAGGCCACCGAAGAUGACGAUGGAACGCCCUUCAUCACAGUCACAGUUUCGGGCCAGGAGCAGAACUACCAAGUGCAAUAUGUGGACUCGGAGCUGUACCAUAGCAACUCCAGCCAGACGCAAAUGACGUAUCCGUUUUGCCCGGUGGGCGAUUACCAGGGCAACGGGCAGACGGCCUACUACUCGACCACAGGUCAGUACGGAGCCACCUCGUCCGGCGGGGGCUCCUCGAAUGGCGCCCACUCCACGACGCUGCCGUAUCUGGUGCCCGUGGAGGAGGGCAUCCUGCUGAACGGGUCCGCGCACUCGAUGUCGCAGUCGCAGCAGUCGCAACAGUCGCAGCAGUCGCAGUCGCACGGCGGACGCGACUCGCCGCACAGCCUGACGGUGAGUAGCAGGGAUUGGGAGCGGGAUGCGGACCGGGUGAACGGAACUAAUCGCCACUGGGUGCAGGAGGUCGCGUACAUCCAGGAGGCGCAGAGCACGCCCCAGACGCCCACAUCGACGACGACGACGCACUCGGCGAGCGGCGGCAGCCUGGGAACGGGCGGCGGUGGCGCCUCCCCGGAUUCCGACCAGAGUGCCCUCGGCAGCAGCAACAAGAUUGCCUCGGCAACGAUCAAGUGGCUGUCGCGCAACUACGAAACGGCGGACGGGGUGAGCCUGCCCAGGAGCACGCUGUACAACCACUAUAUGCAGCACUGCAGCGAACACAAGUUGGAGCCGGUGAAUGCGGCCAGCUUUGGCAAGCUGAUACGCUCCGUGUUCUCCGGACUGCGCACACGUCGCCUGGGCACGCGCGGCAACUCCAAGUACCACUACUAUGGCAUCCGCAUCAAGCCCGGCUCCCUGCUGAACAGCCAGGCGAUGGACGACAAGCAGCUGCUGGCCGCCGGCUACGGGCAAUCCUCCGAUGGCUCCGGCUCUGGCACCGGUGGUCCGGGCUCCAUGGUCAACGUGACCAGCAGCACCGUGGGUCAGCUGGGCGGAUCCCAUGGACUGGGCGGCGGCCAGGGACAACGGCACAGCGGCGGCACCAAGAAGCACACCUUCAAGCCGGAGACCUACGAGGCGUGCAUUCAGUACAUUGGAGAUGGCAGCAGUGCCCUGCCCUCUUUCCCGGCCAUCGAGCUGAACCACAGUUUCAACAGCGAACUGACUCUGGAGGACGUGGACACAUUUAGGGCCUUGUACCGCGAGCACUGCGAGUCCUUCCUGGACGCCGUGCUCAACCUGGAGUUCAACACCGUGGAGUUCCUGCUGCGGGACUUCUGGCGGGCCAGCGACAAUAACAACCUGGACGAGUGCGAGGAGGAGAAGUACUUGAGCAAGACGAAGCUGUAUCUGCUGUGCCACUGCGCAGAAGUGCAGAAGUUCGUGCGAGAGGUGGACUACCAGUUCUACCAGAACACCGUCGAUGUCAUCAUACCGGAUGUACUCCGCUCCAUACCGAACGCCUUGACCCAGGCCAUCCGGAACUUCGCCAAGAACCUGGAGAUCUGGCUGUGCGAGAGCAUGCUGGGCGUGCCGGAGCAACUGGCUCAAAUCAAGACCAGUGCCGUCUCGGCCUUUUGCCAAACACUGAGGCGCUACACCUCGCUGAAUCACCUGGCGCAGGCAGCGCGAGCCGUGCUCCAAAAUGGCGCCCAGAUCUCCCAGAUGCUCAGCGAUCUCAAUCGCGUGGAUUUCCACAAUGUUCAGGAGCAAGCUGCGUGGGUGAGUCAGUGUGCCCCCGCCGUGGUGCAGCGUUUGGAGAACGACUUCAAGGCAGCCCUGCAGCAGCAGAGUUCCCUGGAACAGUGGGCCAGCUGGCUGCAACUGGUGGUGGAAUCGGCCAUGGAGGAGUACAAUGGGAAGCCCACUUACGCCAGGGCCGCUCGCCAGUUUCUGCUCAAGUGGAGCUUCUACAGCUCGAUGAUCAUCCGGGACCUGACUCUGAGAUCCGCCUCCAGUUUCGGAAGCUUCCACCUGAUCCGCCUGCUGUUCGAUGAGUACAUGUUCUACCUGGUCGAGCACAAGAUCGCGGAGGCACAGGAUAAAACAGCCAUUGCGGUCAUUUGCGAAAGGAUGAAGAAGGACAUGGACUUCGAGUUCGAGUGCCAGUUUGCCUACAUCACCAGCGACACGGAGCAGCAGACGACACUCAGUUCGGCCAGCAGUGGCGGCGAUGUUGGCAACGAGGCCAAGCGACUGAAGCAGGAAUGAGGUACCCAGAUUUGGAUACGGACGCAGUGGCUGGCAUUGACCGGAGUAAUCGUAGUGUUUAUCUAGCCAGUAAUCGUUGUCCCCGUCAGUGUGCACCCCCCGCAGAUCCCCAGUCCCGCAGCUCCAGUCGCCACCAUUCAUUCAGCUCUGCAUUUAAUGUUCGAACCGUGUUGUAUAUCCGUAACCGUACCGUAUCCGUGUGCUAGUUUUUAGCCCUAAGUUCCCGAACACAACCAACGUAGUCAGUCGAAAUUUUAGUGUCUAGUUUUAGGCAGGGUCCGGACUCGUGUACAGUGAAGGCACUCUUGGAAGGACACUAAUGGAAUUAUUAGGAGGAUCAAAAGCAUUAGGAACUCAUUUCUGUUACUACAGUUUUUGGUAGAACUUAAAUGUCAUUGUAAAACCGAAACAAUUAUGAUUACCAGACUGAUAAACGAGUCACUCACAAUAUUUUGUGUUUCCACUGACACCGACUAUAAGAAGAUUUUUGAAGAAGGUAGCUGACCAUCCAAGGGAGCUUUAACUGGAUUCUUUAGAGUACUGGACUGCCCCCGCAUCGAAGUGAAGAGCCGUCCAGAAAGCAAGCAAGUUGAAAGCCAGCUCGGCAGCAGUUCGCCUGGCCUUGUCUGUCCUGAUCUGUAUUCGUAGGAUACGUUUUAGUUUAAGUACAUGUGCAUUAAUAAUUGUAACCAACUGUCUACUUACUAUAACGAUGGGUUCGGAGGUGGCAUCAGUUUUGUCUGGUUUCAACAAACGAUCUUGUAUAUCAUAGCGCACGGCGCACCCCACACACCACCACAAACACCACCCACACACACACAAGUAGUCAUGACACCCCACACGCACACUCAGAGAAAUUAGUCAGGGGGUCUAUAGAUUAUAGCUCACAUCGAACAGCUUGCUCAAGUCCAAAAAGGAACACCCAGCUCAAAAACCCAAACCUAAGCUAAGUAAACAACAGGCCUUAAAUGUGCAAAGAUCAACACUCAAUUUUGAAACAAUACAAUUUACCAUACCUAUAUAUUAAUUAUAUAUAAAGAUACAUACACGAUACAUAUGUAUAUUUUAACUACAAGGAAUCAUUUUAAUACGAAGCAUGUAUUUUAACAAAGGCGCUUAUCAGAGUAUUUUAUGCCAUUUUGGGCAAGAGUACAAGCAGCAAGCGAAGCAGUUUUUUUAAGUCAACUAACUAGCAUUAGCCAACUGAAAGGGGUUAAUGUCACCCAACUGUCUAGUCCUAAAGCACACAUCUGAAAUAAAUGCUCUGUAUGGCACAAGAAUCGACGAUAAUAUACCUAUGGUUCCCAUUCGGGGAACUGGUUCUGCUCAAAUUGCAAAAUGCUUAUCUAGCAUCUAAGUUCUAUUGGUUGUUGAAAAUAUGAGUAAAUCGAAAACUGAAAUUUUAAAAUGUCGAACUAUUUAUGUAUGUGAAAUAAAAAC